UUACAGAGACACGCCCCUGUACGCAGGGCUUAACCGGUCUAGCCCCGACGUCGGUGGUAGAGUGCGCGCUGCAGGCGGAGACGAAGACAUGGUCACAUAAUGACGUCAUGACAUCUGACGUCGGUGAUGGUUUUGAGGUGAAGAAUUUGUUGAAAGUGUCCCAAGACCAACAGCUGUCCGUGGAGGACAUAAUGCUGUCUGUGGGGAAACUCAUUGACCAGCUUCAGACAGUUCAUACACAUCUGGCAAAGAAGAUAAAGCAGGAUAAGGUCCAUAAUACAGAAGUGCCAAACACAGAUACCGACAUGGAAACAUCAGUUCUUCAAAGACCAGGACUGGAGCUCACAGAUCCACCAGUUGUUUCCAUGGUUACAGACACUGCCUCUGAUAUGUCAGAAUCAGUCCUACCUCCACAGAGCGACUGUAGAAAAACUGACAAACGGCCUGCAACAACGAUCAGCCCCUAUAAUGUGCAAAUCAAGGCAUCCAAAGAAGAGGUUGACAGGAGGAUUAAUGCGUUCAUAGAGAAGAAGCAGACGGAGGUGAACCAGCAGAAUAAUCGUGAAUUCUGUAGUGUCCUCACCCCUGACACAGAGGUGGAGUCUUCUUGUGCCAGAACAGAUGCAGUGUUCGUGCCACGUGCUGGGUGUAAAAGUCAUAUCAAGAUAUCACGUGUUGUCAAUCCAUAUGGACCACAGACAAGACUAAUUCCAGAAGGGCCCAGGCAGAGAUUUGAUCUGAACAUGAAGUCCCAGUCAGCUGGAUUUGAAGAAAGGAUGAGGAAUAUUGAAGCCCACUUGAAGUUACCUUUAACUGAUGGGUCCAAAUCGGAUGUCUACACAAGACUAAAAGCACUGGAAGAUCGGAUAUUAUUCCUUGAAGGAUUGUCACCAGAAUAUUUUCAGAAUGUGCCGGGGCCAAAAAGACAGAAAGAAGUACCUGCUGUGGUGAAGGACCCUCUCCAUGAAAUGAGUUUGCAAGAUAUAGACGAUAGGAUACAAGCUCUACAGUCGUCCCUGAAGCUGAAGAGACCUGGCACUGGAUGGCUGCAUUAACUCAGAGCUCAUGUAUAUCUCCUUGUUUUGUUAUUGAUGGAUAAACAUUCACAAAC